AUGAAUGUUCAGAGGAUUAGUAACAAAGCUUCUGUUUUUCUGAACCAUAAACAUUUUCACCCAGGUAAUUCAAAGAAUAGGGAGAAGGUAUGGUUAGCAGAAGAGAAGCUUAGAGAAGAAGAAAAGAAACAAGAGGAACUUUUAAAAAAGAGGAAGAAGGAAUGGGAAAUUGAGGAACUUAGGAGAGACAUUAAACAAUCCCAUAAAAAGAUAAAAAACGAGUUAAAAACGCAAUUGGAGGAUGAUGGUACUGUUGAUAAGAACAAACAGCUACACGAUGUGUUAAUAGAUAAAACAAGAGUUAACAAAAAUUGGAUAAAGUCCGAAUUGUAUGAGGAAGAUGUACUCAUAGGAAAUCAUUCGUCUGUAUGGGGAUCUUAUUAUGAUUUAAAUACAAAAAAAUGGGGAUUCAAAUGUUGUAAUAGUACAAAAAGAAGUUCAGUUUGCUCAACUCGUAGUAAAUCCAAGUCUCAGAGUUUGAAUUCUUCUGAUCAUAGUUUAGCUUCUGGAUUAUGUGUUCCAAUUACGGGUGAAAAUUCAAUUUCCAGUAUUUCUCAAUAUAAUAAUGACAAUCGAAGCUUAUUGUUAAAUGGAGGAAAGUUUUUUUCUAAAAAACAAAAAGGAGUAUCUGAAUUUCUAAAUAUACUCAAGCAAUCAAACUCUAAAUCAUUAGAUUAA